AGAAAAAAAACCGUUGAACUCUGUUGAUGAUUUCCAAGUAUGUGAGGCAGUAAUAAUAUUUUAGUAACUGAGAAAAUACUUGCGUUAAAUUGUCGAUUUUUGAGUUUGAAUCUGUCCAGCAUUUGACGUCUUCUGCGUGGAAAAUCGAUGCAUGUUGCGGUCUUUUGUGUUUAAGAGAAGCAGAUACGUUGGCCUGCUGUUUCAGUCGGUAUUGUGCGGUUUCCAUGUGGCGAAGAACCGUAGAUGUUUGAGCCUUUAAUGCGUUAUUUGACGGGACAGUGCUAGCUUUAUCUGUAUUUUGAGCUAUUUCCGAAUAGGUUUGAAGUUGUAGACGUUUGAUCGGGCGUUUUUCAGAUUAGGGCUUGCUGUCAAUGGGAUAUUUGAUUCAGUCAGAAGAGUGCGUGUCAUUUGCCAUUGUCUACAAUGCUUGGUGGCUCUCUUUUUCUGGGAAAAGGAAGCGUGGGAAUGCAUAAAAAGUACAAUUCAAAAUCCAGGCCGGUGUGUGAGCUAUAUGUAGAAAAUGUUUAUCCUCUAUAUCCAGACUUGGGCUUUGGCAGAAGUAAAAAUCACAGGUGUCCUUUGCUCAUGGAACACACAUCGGAGCGAUCGGAUCAAGAGCACAUUGUUUUGAAUGUUAGCACUGGUAAUGCCACCGUUUCGGUGUCUCGUCAAGGGGAUGUGGCAACUGUUGCAGAACAGGAAACACCAUCCACAAGCACGCAGGCCCCAUCUUGGCCAGUUCCUUCAUCUUCAUCUGUGAGGAAUGCCUCUUUUCCUAGAGCUGGUGAUUUGCGAAAUUAUGGUCGUCGACAAAGAGCAAGCCCAUUGAAUUCGGGUCUUUGGAUAUCCUUUGAGCUUACCAUAACAGUUAGUCAGAUAAUAGCUUCUAUUAUUGUUUUGUCGCUGUCAAGGAAUGAGAAUCCCCAAGCCCCAUUAUCUGUUUGGGUUGUAGGUUAUGCUUCAGGAUGUCUUGCCACACUUCCUCUUUUAUAUUGGCGCUAUAGGCAUCGGUAUAUACGCAUGCCAGAUCAAGACCCGUCACCCUCAUCCAUUGCUUCCCGUUCUAGUCCUCCUCUUUCACAAAAUGCCUCUUAUACAGCAGUAUCACUGCCUCAAGCUUCAGGGGAGGAAGAGGUCCAUGGCAGAUCUCAGUCAUUAAGAAGCAAUCGAGACACAACUUCAACGAAUCCAAGGCUUAAUGUAUUUGUAGAACGGUUCAAAAUGGCAUUGGAUUGCUUCUUUGCUGUUUGGUUUGUUGUUGGUAAUGUGUGGAUAUUUGGUGGUCAUUCGUCCUCAAGUGAUGCUCCAAAUCUUUACAGGCUGUGUAUUGUAUUUCUUACAUUAAGCUGUAUUGGUUAUGCUAUGCCUUUCAUUUUAUGUGCAACAAUAUGCUGCUGCUUACCCUGUAUCAUAUCUCUCCUUGGACUUCGGGAGGAUCAGACCCAAACAAGAGGAGCUGCACCUGAAAUAAUUGGUGCUUUGCCAAAAUAUAAGUUCAAAGCAAAAAAGUCAACUGAAGGAAAUGGAAGCAAAGAUGACAGCGAAAAUCACUCAGAGAGUUCAGGUGAGGGUGGCAUUAUAGCAGUUGGUACUGAGAAAGAAAGGUCUGUUUCGGGCGAAGAUGCGAUGUGUUGUAUUUGCUUGGGCAAAUAUAAGGAUGAUGAGGAUCUGAGAGAGUUGCCCUGCACACACUACUUUCAUGUUGAAUGUGUUGACAAGUGGUUGAAAAUAAAUGCAUCUUGUCCUCUUUGCAAACAUGAAAUUGGAGAAUCCAGUGAAUCAGCAUCAGAAUCUGUUGGAGAUAUAAGACAGAAUGGAAAUGGAUAAAUAUUGGAUUGAGGUAGAGUGAAUCAGGGAGAACUAGUUACUUAAAUUUUAUGUUGUACAGACGGGUUAAAAAUCCAGGACAUAAUCAUCAAUUUUGACUGUUUUCUAGUCAUAUCCAACAUAUUUUGGCCAUGUUGUAGGCAGAUGGCCUACAACUAAAACACUUAGGAAGGAAUUACCAAAAAUCUUGUAAGAAAGACCAGCAUUGUUUUCAGCUGCUAAUAGGAAAAGUGCAAUUGAAAUACAAAAGGUCCACUGUUUCACUAUCGGGAAGGUGCAGCAUAUGGAUCUGAUUUGCAGGGUACCACAUGAAGAAAUUUAACAGUUAAACUGCAACCACGCAGCAGUUUCAAAAGUUUGUGCAAUCCAAGCCAUGACUAAUUGGGGUCAAUUAACGGUGGCCAUAUAAGGCCGUUAGACAAAUUCUAAAGGUUAUAUAUUUCCAGAGUGCAAGCUAGCGUGUCAAUAGUUUUUGAAAUUUUUGAAAUCGUGUGCAGUAUUUAGUAAGAUGCUGUGUGUAAUUUGGAUAGACAUUAUCUGUUUUUUUUGUUUACAAAAUUCUGCAUUCAAAUUUA